AUGUUUUGGGCAUACGCUGGAAUUGCUAGAUCAACUGAUAAUCCUCCACAAUGGUUGGGUGAUCCACCUCAUGAACGUUGGUAUUCAGUAUAUGAUUCGGAUAUAGACACUUUAAAUAUUUUUGCUAAUCAUACUAAAGAAAUUUCUAAAAUAAUUAAUUAA